AUUUGGACUUAGGGUCGACUCUCUUUUUCUGACUGCUCGAGAGCUAAUAAAAAUAGAUAAGAUAAGACUGCUCGAGAGCUAAUAUAAAUAGAUAAGAUAAGACUGCUCGAGAGCUAAUAUAAAUAGAUAAGAUAAGAUACAAAUCAGCGAUAUUAUUUCAAUCAGCAAUAUACUGUACCAGUACUUCUUAUUCAACAUAGAUCAUACAUAUCGGCCUGCCCUGCAAUUUCCGUAAUUACAUCUAGAGUUAUGGCCCUUGUUUCACUUGGUUGAAUCUUUUGAACGCUCUAAUGACAACAGUUAUCAUCCGAUCUGUGAGAAAUUGAUAUGCAUCAUUUAGAUUAGUGCAACGAAGAUUCCUAUUGAAUUUCAACAAUUUCCGUUAAUUACACAGUAAAAUGGCAGAAACAGAAUCAUAUCUUUCAGAGUAUACUCUACCUAAUGAUACAGGUGUAUGUCUGUUAGAAUGUACCACAGCUUUCUCUGGUUUAACUGAUAAAGAAAAACUUUAUUCUCAUUAUAUAUCACAGGCAGCAUUUACUGGUGGAUUGAUUGUAUUGAUACAGACAUCCCCAGAGUCUCCUGGUGUUUAUCUUUUACUGCAGAAAGUGUUCCGUAGUCAGCCAAUAUCUGAGUUGGAAAAAAUAGCUUUGGACAGUGGAGUUUCUGCAGAAGAGUUUCAAUCACUUUUGAUUUAUGCUGCUGGUUUUUAUGCCAAUAUGGGCAAUUAUAAAUCUUUUGGUGACAGUAAAUUUAUACCAAAGCUAUCAAAGGAGAAGUUUGAACUUGUAGUUAUGAAAAGUGCAGCAGCAAAAUCUGAUCCAAAAGGAAUGAGAUCAUUAUGGGAUAGGGUCUCUGAGCGUCUCUAUUCUCUAGACAGCAGACAUAAAGAAUUAGGACUUGGGGAAAAUGGAACCACAACUUAUUUUUCUGAAAAUUGUGAUAAAAGAGAUGCAGAGAUUGCCCAGAAAUUCCUAAAUAAAAUGAAUAUAAGUGCAUACAAUACACGAUUAUUCAAAACUACUGAUAAAUCCUCUAAUUUACCAGUUUAUGAAAUUCGUUUAGCAUCAUCUAACAAUUCAGCAGAUGGAGAGAUUCCAGGAUAUAAUAGUGAUAAAAUAUUAGGUGAACAUGCCUUCUCACCGACAGACACAGCUGGACCAAUCAAAUUUAAUGUUACAAGAGGUGAUUAUUCACCACUGCUAAAAAUAGUUUGUGAAAACUUGGAAAUGGCAAAGAAGUAUACAGCAAAUGACAAUGAAUCUCGGAUGUUAGAUGAAUAUAUUAAGAGCUUUACCUCUGGUUCUUUACCAGCUCAUAAAGAUGGCUCACGAUUCUGGAUAAGAAACAAAUCACCAAUUGUUGAAAUGUAUAUUGGCUUUAUAGAAUCGUACAGAGAUCCCUAUGGUGUAAGAGGAGAGUUUGAAGGUUUUGUGGCUGUGGUAAAUAAAGAAAUGAGUAUGAAAUUUACACAAUUAGUUGAAAAUGCUGAACAUCUACUAGCUCAUUUACCCUGGCCAACAGAAUAUGAGAAAGAUACAUUUCUACGUCCUGAUUUCACUUCAUUAGAUGUCUUGUCAUUUGGUGGAAGUGGUAUUCCUGCUGGUAUUAACAUUCCUAACUAUGACGACAUUCGACAAAAUGAAGGUUUUAAAAAUGUGUCAUUAGGCAAUGUUCUAACAGCUGGCUAUAAAGAUUCAAAAGUUACGUUUCUGUCUGAUGCCGAUAAGGAUUUAUUCAUAAAACUGAAAUUACCAGCAUUUGAAGUACAAGUUGGUCUACAUGAAUUGUUGGGUCAUGGAAGUGGCAAAUUAUUUAUUAAGGAAAAAGACGGCACUUUCAAUUUUGACAUUGAAUCAGUGAAACACACCGAAUCCUGUGAAAAGAUAAGUAAAUGGUAUGAAAGUGGUGAAACAUGGGACAGUAAGUUUUCUACAGUAGCAGCUAGUUAUGAAGAAUGUAGAGCAGAAUGUGUUGGUCUUUAUCUCUGUCUAUCUACAGAUGUACUUAAGAUAUUUGGUCAUACCCAUGAUGAUGCUGAUGAUAUUAUUUAUAUUAAUUGGUUAAAUAUGGUUAGAGCAGGAUUAAUUGGUUUAGAAUUUUAUUCUCCUGACACUGGUAAAUGGAAACAGGCCCAUAUGAAUGCUCGUUAUGUUAUAUUACAAGUGUUAAUAGAAGCAGGUGAAGAUUUUGUUAAAGUAGAGAAGAUAACCGGUGAAGAUGGUAAACCUGAUUUACGUAUUACACUAGAUCGUACCAAGAUUAUUUCUGUUGGUAAACCAGCUAUUGGUAAAUUUCUACGUAAACUACAGGUGUAUAAAUCUACUGGUGAUUAUGAAGCUGGUAAAGAAAUGUAUGAUUUUUUUUCUAAUGUUGAUAAUACGACUGAACCACAUUUCUUACGAUUACGUGAUGUAGUAAUGGCAAGAAAACAACCACGUAAAAUGUUUGUUCAACACAAUACCACAGCAAACGGUAAUAGUGUUGAAAUGAAGUCGUAUGAGCCAACACCCACUGGUUUAAUAGAGUCGUUUAUUGAUAGAUUUCCUUCUAAUGAUAUUGAUGAUUGCUUAUACUCAUUGUGGGCUAAAGAUCGUUCUUAUUUCGAGACCAUUUAUUAAAUCGUGCCUUCAUUUAUCAUUAUUAGGCUAACAGCUCUUCUGGUUGUUAUACAAUGUAUGUGUUUUUGUGUGUGUGAUGACAAUUACUGGUACAUAAAAAAUUCAUAAUUUC